AUGGACGACCGACAGCUCGACCUGACAGAGGCGCAGAAACAAACCAAAUUGAAGCACCCUCGCAUUGUCAAGAAAUAUGAAUACUUGGAUCAUACAGCAGAUGUACAAAUCCACUCCUGGGGGAACUCUCUGGAAGAAGCCUUUGAACAAUGUGCCAUGGGCAUGUUUGGCUACAUGACAGACACAGAGACUGUGGAACCCACAGAUACUAUAGAAGUGGUGUCAGAAGGAGACGACCUAUUAUCACUGCUCUUCCACUUCCUAGAUGACUGGCUGUACAAGUUUAGUGCAGUUGAUUUCUUUAUUCCUAGGGAAGUUAAGGUUUUGCACAUUGACCGAACCAAUUUCAAGAUUCGUUCUAUUGGGUGGGGUGAAGAAUUCUCGCUGUUGAAGCAUCCACAGGGGACAGAAGUGAAAGCCAUUACAUAUUCUGCAAUGCAAAUUCACGAUACUGAAAAACCAGAGAUAUUCGCAAUUGUUGAUAUAUGA